GUUCAUGGUGACAGUUCACGACGACGAAAAUUUGUUUUUCAUGCUCGGAUCGAUAUUUUCUUUCACGAUACAUCCAAAAAAGAAUAAGAUAUCGCGAUACAUUAGAUUGUAUUAAACAGUAACAAUGACGGAAUACUGGAAAUCUCAGGCUAGAAAAUAUUGUGAAUUCUGUAAAUGCUGGUUUGCUGACAACAAAGUUUCAAUAUCUUUCCAUGAAAAUGGCAAGCGCCAUAAAGAGAAUGUUGAAAAGCAUAUCUCACAACUCAGCAAAAAGAGUGCCAAAGAUUUUAAGCAGAAGGAAAAAAUGGAUGAUGACAUCAAGAAGAUGGAGGCUGCUGCCAUGUCAGCAUACCUCAAAGAUGUGCAAAAUAAUGCAGACCUGACUUCUAAAAAUAUCAAUGACAUGCUGGGAAAGAACAGCGACACCAAUGAACCCAUAGUUGUCGAAGAACCUACCUGCUCCGCCCACAUCUCUGUAGGCUGCCAGACUCCACCCCCGUGGGUUGAAGUCAAGGCUCCUAAUGGAAUGUCGUACUACUGGAAUGUCGUAUCACAUAAGACUACUUGGGAAUGUCCUCCUAAUGGGGAAUAUGUAAGCAUAGAAGAACAACAAAGAUCAAAAGAAAAACAAAAUAAAGUAGAAAGAGAAAAGGCAAGGCAGAAUGAGGCGCAACGUCAAGAAGUCUUGAAGGAGGUGAAUGCUCGCAUAGCCCGGGAGAAGAUGCGCGAGCUUGCGGUGCCCGCGCCUGUCAAUCAGCUCCCGAAGGCCAUUGUGGGCCCCGUGUCCCGAACCCGGCCCUUAGGCGACUGGACGCCCCUUCCCUCUCUGGGUAGGAGCGAAUUAGCGAAGAGGGCGCGCAUCGCUCGGGAGAUAUUUGAGUACCUACUUGCGGAGGGAGAAGCAAUGGGCCUGGUGCUCACGCCUCGCGCCCAGUCCUACCGCUCCAGCUGGUCGCCUGUUCGCCCUGCCCCUGAAAAAAUAGAUCUCCAGCUGCCAAAAACCAAAGAGCAACCGCCGCCACCAGUAGUGGUGGAGCCCGAAGAGAUCAAGUUUGGGGAGCGCCGCGUGACUUCCCUCGGAGACCCCGACGAGCCCGUCGAAUUCAAGCGCCGCAAGAUCGGCAACCGCAACGCCAGGCAGAAGCUUGACGACGAUUAAAUAUUUUAACCAAUAA